CCUGAGAUUCUAGUAGGCUUAGAUCUAGUAGGCGAUGUUUUAUAACCUAAAUAUACUCCUAACCUUGAAAUGACGUGACUGAAAGCACAUUGCACAUAUACCGUACAAUAUAUCCUACUGAAAACGUGAAAACAUAUAUUAAUAUUUACAUGUAGCUCAUCUACUACUCCUUUGUUCAAUUAAUUGAAAUUUUCAUGUGCGAUUCUGGAUGCAGUUGUCAGAUAUUUGCUAUUGCGCACUUUCAGCUUGGGUUUCCUUCGACGAGUUUGCUUACAGUAGUAGUUUUCAUGUUGGACUUGACUAUGUUUGCAGGAUCUUACUGCUAGCCUCAUAGUAUUUCUGAUAGUUUAUUAAUUAUUUCUUGACUCUGAUCCGUUAGAUUAUUAUAUUUAAAAUGUUCAAAAAACCAAAGUUACCAAUAACCCUCAUCAGGAACUUCUCUGAUCUACUACGCAUUCAUGAAACUUGUAAACUUCGAAACUAUGCAUUUUAUUCGAUCCAUCAUACACAUGUUCCAACACGACUCAAUUGCGAACUGCUUGUACUGGGUGGAGGAGCUGGUGGCUGCAGUGUUGCUUCCAAAUUUGCUUCGAAAUUGGAUAAAAAUCACGUCAUCAUUGUUGAACCCAGUGAUGUACAUUAUUAUCAACCAAUGUUGACGUUAGUUGGAGGAGGGAUUAAAAAGGUUUCUGAUGCAGCUCGACCAAUGAGAAACAUUCUUCCAGCAGGCGCUCAUUGGGUGAAAGAUUCGGUGAUUUCUUUUGAACCAGCCAACAAUAUAGUCAGAACCAAAGAAGGCAUUAGUAUAAGUUAUGACUAUUUGCUUGUUGCUCUUGGUUUGGAGUUGAGAUUUGACUUGGUAGAGGGUUUACAAGAAGCUCUUGCAAAUCCAGACAGCGGUGUGAGCUCAAACUAUUCACCACAGUUUGCUGGGCGAACAUUUGAAAAUCUGAAAAAAUUUGACAAAGGGAAUGCGAUUUUCACAUUUCCGAACACUCCGGUGAAGUGCGCCGGUGCCCCACAAAAGGCAUGCUACAUUUCCGAAGAUUACUUACAAAAGCAUGGUAAACGAGAAAGUGCCAAUGUAAUGUACAAAACUAGUUUGCCGGUCAUUUUUGGAGUGAAGCAUUACGCCGACGCUCUCAAUGAGCUUUGUAAAAGAAGGAACAUCGAUGUUGGUCUGAGGCAGGAACUCAUUGAAAUCGAUGUCGGCAAGAAGGAAGCCAUAUUCUGUAAUUUGGAUAAAAAAGAUGAUACCUUCGAAAUACCGUAUACAAUGCUUCAUGUCACUCCUCCAAUGAGUGCUCCUGAAUCUCUAAGAAAUGACAAGAUCCUGUCUGAUUCAACUGGAUUUUUGAACGUUGAUAAACUGACCCUUCAGCAUCCGAAAUUUCCAAACAUUUUCGGAAUUGGAGACUGCACGAAUCUUCCAACCAGUAAAACUGCAGCCGCUGUUGCUGCUCAAAGCAAGGUUGUGUUCAAUAAUAUAACUCAUGUUAUGAGAGGAGAAGAACCGAAAGCUACUUAUGAUGGCUACACGUCGUGUCCUUUAGUCACUGGCUACGGCUCCUGUAUUCUGGCUGAAUUCGAUUACAAUGCUCAACCUCUUGAGACAUUUCCAAUCGAUCAACGGAAAGAAAGCGCUCUCAUGUAUUAUCUGAAGAAAGACGUAAUGCCUUCUCUGUAUUGGUUUGGACUUUUGAAAGGCAUCUGGAAUGGACCAGAACAUUUCCGUAAACUGUUCCAUUUUGGAGCAGCCAAGUAGUAACUCGUUACUCCGAGAUGUCUUCCUCACAUUCCAGCUAAAGAAGAAGUGAUAUUGUUGUGCCUUAUUGUUAUGUACGACAUAUUCAAAACUAUUAGUAUUAGAUAGUAUUAUCUUCAAUUAUUAUUAAUGUGAACAAUAUGGUCAUCCAUUGAGGCAUUUUAAAAAGAUGUCUUAUUAUUUCUUAUUUUUUUCUCAGUAUUAAACAGCUUCCUCACGAGUUCAUGUUUCACGAAAAUUGAAUAUUUCUGUAAUAAUAGUAAAAGGUGUCCAAACACUAAACUUGCUUGCCAAGGCUUGCUAUGCUAUGAGUAGUAUUUCUAGUGCUAUCAUGAAUUACAAGACUUUGAUGAAACACUUUUUGAAACCGACUUGAGAUCCUGCAACCAUCAGGUUCGAAUAUUCUACAUACUUAUAAGUGCAGAUUUGUGAUAUCUAAUUGUUAUUUCUUACAAAUUAAUUUUCUACAAAUAUAAAUUAUAACUUUUACUUUUGAAACUAGUAUACAUAUCAUUCAAUUGAGCAAGAAAAAUAAUAUUAUAAUGCUCAGCCAUUAAUUGAUUGUGUAUAACUAUUACAUUGAAGCAAAGAUUAUUUGUGUAAUAUCAAUGAGAAAGUCAAUGAUAAUCAGUAUUUGAAUUUUUACAAUUAAUUUAGAUUGGAAUUCUUGUUUUUUGACAAAAACAAAAAAAUGACAAAAUAGUUCAACUAGGUGACCAACGUUCAAAUCUUUAACUGGUGAUGAUUUGAAAAAAUUGUACAGUCUAUUCCGUAUCAAAUUUCAUGAGCUAGUCGAUUCAUUUGAAUUUAAUCUAUAUGGAUUUGCAUAAAACCAUCCUCAACUUCUGCAUUAUAACUAUACAUCUACCAUCUAUAUGGAACAUUGUAGUUUUGAUUUCUGCAACAACUUUUGUAAAAAUCAAUUGGUUGACAUAUUCAAAUUAAACUAAAUUAACCACAUUUCCAAAACUCAACAAUUAUUCCAUUAAUACGUAGUAUUGCAUAAUCUCAUUCAUUUAAGUUUUAUCUAUUUUACGAAUGAAACUCAUAAGAAUUCAUCCACAAAAAAUAUACUAAACUAUAAAAUAUAAGGUUAAAUUGUUGAAGAUGGCUAUUUUGCUGCAAUAUUCUGUAAAUCCAUUACACUCCGUGUGGUUAUAAUUUCCUUAAUUUUUCAAGUUUUAUAUUUUUCAUGUUGAUAGCUAGAAAAUACCAUGUAAUGAAUCAGAAGGCUCUGAAGAUAAUUCGGUUAGGAUGGGAAGCUAUUAUUUAGAUAUUUGAUGUAGUUUUUUGUAUGUAGUACAAUCAUGAUUGGAGUGGAGUGACGGCUUAUGAAUAUUAAAAUAGCUAUGUAUGUAUUAAGAGCGUAAUGCGCGACUUUAUCACUCGCGCAAAACAGUUAUCACGAGACGCGAAACAGAGCAUGAUAAUUUUGCAAGAGCGAUAAAGAAGCAUCACGCGCGAAUUACAUAAAACAUUUUUUCUAAAACUACACAAACCUGUUAUAUAACCUGUUACUUAUAUCUGGUGGAGUUAAUAAUAAUUCGUCUUCACUGAUAUCCAUCAUGGCUGCUAGCCAUGCAUCAUGGCUGUUCAAGCUGCUUAUCAUCAGCUGAUUAGCUAGCGUAAAGAAAAUCUUCUGCGCCUGCCCGAAUGUUAAGCAAGCAUAAAGAAACUCCACUGCGCAUGCGCAGAUGGUUAGCGAGCGAAAAAGUAGAUUCUCCUCAGAAAUAAACUGUUUUACGAGGAAAAUUGAGUGUGUAAAUUCUUUUUUUACGCGCAGUUGUAGAAAAAAUAUAUUUUGUUUUAUAAUUAAAAAGUUCUAGAAUAGAGAUAGAAGCUUUGCUGAAUCAUUACAAUUCUUUACGAGUAUAUAUAUAACGAGAACCAGAUAAUAUAAUCUUCAUAGAAAGAUCAAUUAGAUUUUAAACAUGGGAGUUCAUUAUUUUAAUGGUUUUCUUAACGACCAUAGCCUACAGGUUUUAUCAUUCUUAUUAACAUCAACUUGAAAGUUAUGGAAACAGCUUAAGAAUUUUUCGAAUGAUAAUCUGACAGUUGGUUUCAUUGGGGAUCCUAUUCGGAUUGGAAAACUAUUUUCUGCAGCUUCAAAAUUUUACUCCGACAUAUUGAAUUGAAAUUCAUUUUUUAAAUGGGAAGGUUGCCAUAUGAUAAACAUGAUUGAAAAACAUGAUUUCGAGGGAAAAUAAAUUGUGAAAACCGCACAUCAAUGUCUCAAACCGUUUCAAAGAUAUUCAAGAUUUAAAGAUACUAGAAAUUAAUUCAUUCCAAGAAUGAAAUAAAAUAAAUGAGUACAUUGAAGAUCUAAAAAAUCCAAGCUAUCUAUUUUUUUUUCAAGUGUUAGUUAACACUAAUAGUAACUUCUACUUUCAUAUUUCAACAAAAAUUUGAUCUGUCGUAUUUUUUAUGUACUCAUUUAUUCCAUUUCGUUUAAAGAAUCCGGUUUAUUCCAUUCCGGCAUGCGAUAUUGAUGUGCGGUUUUCUUUUCCUCUUGGAAUUCUGUUUUUGAAUCAUGUAUCACAUGACAACCUCCCCAUUUAAAAAAAAUGAAGUCGAAUUCAAUAUCGCGGACAUAAAAUUGAAGCUUCGGAAAAUAGUUUUUUUCCAAUUUGUUGGGAUCCCGACCCUCGAUGAAACCUACUGUAAAAUUAUCUCUGGAAAAGAAAUAUUAAGCUGUUCCCAUAAGUUUUACUAAGCCUGUAUAUUAUUUAAGUUAGUUGUUAAACUUUUUUCUUCAAACCCAAAUAUAUUAAAGUAGUUACUAUGAAAAAUAAGAGCUGACGCGUUUGUUAGACUUAUGAUGAGAAGUAUCUGUUAACGUAUAUUAUGUUCUCUGUGGAAAUAAAAUAUAUGGUGUCUAUUUAGUAUUCGAA